AUGCCGCCCAGAGGGGUGUCCUCGACAAGGGUGCCAAGCACCGAGCCCACACGCACGGAGGAGGAGGAGGUGAACUUGGGUGGCAGUGGCUCCAUCCCGGCGACGAACAUUGGCGGGGAGGGAACCACCUCUUCCCAGCUUGGCGCGGACCCUUCCUCGGGGGACCAGGAAAAUGUCGACACCGUCAUCGAGGAGGUUGCCAAGAACGCUGAGGCCGAGGCCGACAAGAUCGCUGCCGAGGAGACCGCCAAGACCGCCACUGAAGAGGCCGCCAAGGGCCCUGCCGGGGAAGCCGACAAGACCGUUGCCGAAGAGGCCGGCAAGGCCGCCACCAGGGAGGCCGGCAAGGGGCCCGCCGGGGAGGAGGGGGCUGACGACCAGCCUUCCUCUCCUACAGCCCCUGCCCCGGGCAUGUACUUGAAGGCGCUCCACUGUGCCUGCCUGGACAAGGCGAAGUCCGGGAUGGCGGCAGUGGACAAGGCGGAAGCGGAUCUUGAGGAGCGCGUCGCUCAGACACAGGCCUGGUUCCGCGAGGCUCAGAAAGGACUGAAGGCUGCCCACAACGAGCUGGCUGAGUGCAAACGGGAGCUCAUCCUGAAGCAGGUCGACGUCAAGAAGGCCCAGGAGGCGGCGAACGAACAGGCCGCCAAGGACGCGGCCGCUCGGCAACAGCACCAGGCUCUGCUGAACUCCCAGGAGGAGGAGCUUGCCGCCCGUGAGGAGGCGCUCACCGCCACACUCCGUGGCCAGGAUGAGGAGGUCGAGAAGGUGAAGGAACUAGAGCUGGAGCGGGAGGAGCUGAAGAAGGUGGUCUUGGAGCUGACGAGGGAGAGGGACACGGCCAACCGUUCUUUGGCGGAUGCCCAGGCCGCAGUCUCCGACAAGGCCAAGCAGCUCUCCUAG